AUGUAUGUAGUUUUAUUGAAUUUCUUUCAUAGGUUUGCAAACUGGUCAGCUAGAUUCAUGAAUGCAUACCAGAAAGGCUUGACUGGCAAACAAGCUCAAUGGGCAAACCGGAAAUACCAUAGUCAUAGAGUGCUUCCUGAUAAUAUUUUGGCUGAGUUAUAA